CAACUCUGGCAGGCAAAUAAAUACAAAACCAGCUGCAACAUGUCUGUGGAAGAAUUGAAUGGAAGCGAACUCGGGACCAAAGAUUAUUGGGAGCAGGCCUACGAACGUGAAAUCAAAAAUUACAAAAAUCAUGGAGAUGUUGGCGAGAUAUGGUUUGAUGAAGAUUCCCAAAUACGUGUCAUCAAUUGGAUAAUGAAACAGGAUGACAUUAAAGACGAUGUUCGUGUUGUUGACUUGGGAUGCGGCAACGGCAUGUUGUUGGUAGAGCUAGCACGUGAAGGCUAUACGAAUCUUAUGGGUAUUGAUUACUCACCUAAAGCUGUGGAAUUAGCCCAAAAUAUUGCCAAAGACCAGGAACUUAAUAUCAACUACGAAGUAGCAGAUUUGAUGAAUGUAGAAUCAUGCAAAUCAUUGGGAAUUUUUGGCAUUGUACAUGACAAAGGGACAUAUGAUGCGAUAAGUUUGUGUCCGGAAAACCCCAAACAAAAGAGAGAAUUAUAUAUUGAUGCCGUUGUAAACAUGAUGGACGACAAUAGCCUUUUUAUUAUAACAUCGUGCAAUUGGACAGAAGAUGAGUUGAUCACUAGCUUUGAUGGGAAACUUGUAAAGAAAUGCUCUAUACCGACACCUAUGUUUAAGUUUGGCGGCAAAGUAGGAAGUGUUGUUACCUCAAUAGUAUUAAAGAAAGUUUAAAGUAAUACUAAUAUAUAGAAAUACAUUUUUA